UAACAAAUUUAUUUGAGCAUAAGCUUUUGUGAGCUACAGCUCACUUCAUUGGAUGCAUUCAGUGGAAAAUACAGUGGGAAGAUUUAUAUACACAGAGAACAUGAAACAAUGGGUGUUACCAUAGAUUUUUUUUUUCUCCCCCGUUACCAAAUUUAGCCAUCGUUUUGUUGGCAGACUUCUUGUAAGCGUCAGAAGUAGUGGAUAUUGAGAUCUGACUCUGAUUAAACUACACUCCUGUUCAAAGUGCCCUUCAAAUUAAAAUUAUAUAGAUAAGUAAAAAGAAAAGGAGUACUAGUGGCAGCUUAGAGACUAAUCAAUUUAUUUGAGCAUAAGCUUUUGUAAGAAAAUGAUAAAUCAUUAUAUUAAACAUUAGUUAGUGAUAAAUCAUUAUAUUAAACAUUUUAACAAGGAAGAUGUGUGUAUAUAAUAUUUAUUUGACUGUCAGGAAAUAAGGUGCAAUGUAAUAUUUCCCCUCUUUCCCACCCCAGUGCAAGUAUUGAAAGUGAUACCUGUUUGGACCUGUGGUCUGUUUUCAGCAGUCAUCUUCUCAAAAAGCUUCUUUCCAAUUUUAAAAUGCCAUAAAACAUUGUUAAAGACUGCCCAGCGUAACAUCAAUUUAGACUUCUUGAUCAAAGAACUUCAGUGUUGUCAGCUCCAUCUUUUAGCUUGAGUUGUUGAGCAGAUAUCAAGGUGAUAUGGAAAUAAUGUAUACACCUUGCCUUUUUAAUCUUUUUCUCUUCAGAUAUAAUCUUUUUUCCUUUGAGUCUGGGAGAACUUGUUCCUUGCCAGUGUAUUGGAAGUAGUUCUCUAAACUACCCUCAAACAUCUUGGUAUUGGCACAGGUAACAGCUGUGGGAUUGCAUAUGAAUCCUGUAGGAUUGAAUCCUUAGAUUUCAAAUACUGAUUACAGCUGAGACUUUCAUUGGAGUCUAAUGGAGUUAGGCAAAUUCAUUGGGAGUUGAGAUGUGUCUAAUUCCCUUUGACUUCACUGAAAAGCCCAUCUUAAAUAUUUUUGCUACCAUACUACCUCUGAGUCUAACCUUUAAGAAGUUAGCAUUUUAUUUCAACUGAAAACCACAAUGAGGGCUGCUGCUUUAAAAGGACUACUAGUUUUGACUGGUACCUGUAUAAGUCAGUGAAGAAGAGAUUUUCUAAAGCUUUUGUUUAGACUAGGAUUUAAAGGUUUGUUAGAUCAUAUUAGCAAGCUUGUUCUAAGGAACACCUCCUAAAACUGGUCAAGACAAGGCAUGCUGUAUUUUAUCAAGCACUUCAACUGCACCAGUUUAGCAUUUGCUAAAGUAAAGUUGGCCUUUUCUUGACCAGAAUUUCAAGCGGUGUGUUUAAAUUUGAUCAAAGUAGCUACCAGAUCUAACAAACCUUUAUAUUUUAAUCUAGCCAAAGCUCAUAUUUGUUAUUGUGGCAAAGCCCUGAGGUAUCGCUAGUGAGUUGGGGGCUGUCCAUACAUUCUAUAACACAUUUUGGGAUGAUUUUUCAAGACCUACCUACUCCCUUGCUUAUGUUACGUGCACAAUUCAGGGUCUCUCUCCUCCCCCCACCCCCCAUUUACCUCAUGUAUGGACAGUUAUAUAGUCGUUUUCUUAAGAAUUUGGGGGAUGUGUGGGGGGCUCUCUUGGUUUCUGAGCCGUGGUUGCCCCUGAGCAUUCCGAUGCCGCCGCCCCCAUUGGCGAGGACAGGGAGCGGGGACAGCAGCCGCAAUCUGAACGGGAAACAGCCGGAGAGCCGGUAGCUAAGCAGCAGGCCGGGGGCGAGAGGAGGCCUCGGCCGCGUGGGCCCGUUGUGGGCAGACCAGGCCGGACUCCUGUCGGCACGGUGCGCGGCAAGCCAGGGCUGCAGUGGAAGGCCACGCAGAUGGCCCUUCUCGCUGUUACCCGGGCGUCACGGGUCGCGCGUGCGGCUUUACAGCCAAAGCGAGCCCCGCCCGCCCCACGAUGCGCUGGAGUCAGGCCGCCCUUGUGUCACCGCGUCACGGGGCUUCGCAGAACAGAGGGGGCGGCGCGGGGCGGAUUGCACUCGCUCAGGCAGCGGCUCGCGCAGCCCAGUCACUGGCCGCCGCCGGGGAACACGCGCCUGACCUCCGCCUUGAGCCUUCUCAGCCGCAGCCCCCGCGGAUUCAGUCCGACUUGGCCGCCGGCCGCUGCCCGCACAAUCGCAGCGGGAGCCUGGAGGGAGCCGGAUGUCACCUCACCUCUUGGGGGAGGGGCUCCGCGGGGAGGGGGUGAGCGGCCAUCUCCGCCCUCCUCCCCCCCCCAACCGCCGCUCCCUCGGGGGUGGGGGAAGGCGUCUGACCCACAGCCAAUCGGGAGCUGGCGUGGUUCUGAGGAGAACGCCGAGCAGCGGGUCGCGGCGCCCGGGUCCUGGGGGGGCUGCUCCCCAUCCGGCUCCCAGCGGCAGGCGGCGCUGCCGGGGGCCCAGCCGAAAAGCGACCUCCCCUGCCCGCGGGGAGAAUGGCUGGUGGUGUGGAUUCAGGAUUUGUUCCCAGUGUUCAGGAUUUUGAUAAGAAACUUACAGAGGCUGAUGCUUAUUUACAGAUCUUGAUAGACCAAUUGAAGCUAUUUGAUGAGAAGCUUCAGCACUGCAUAGAUGAUGAACAGAGAAAAAAAAUCGAAAAUCUCAAAGAAACAACCAAUAGUAUGGUAGAAUCAAUAAAACACUGCAUUGUGUUGCUGCAGAUUGCUAAAGACCAAAGUAAUGAGGAGAAGCACGCAGAUGGACUUAUAAGUACUAUUAACCCGGUUGAUGCAGUAUAUCAGCCUAGUCCUUUGGAACCUACAGUGAUCACUACAAUGCCCACCCAGACUGUAUUACCUCCAGAAUCUUCUCAGUUGUUGAAAUCAGAGCAGCGACCUUCGUCCUUGGCAGUUGGGCCUGUAGUAACAUCACUAGGAAACCAUCAGAUUCCAACACCAAAUAGUACAGGAAGUGGGCAGUCGGCACCCAGCAGCAGUUUAACCUCUCCAAGCCACGUCAAUCUGUCUCCAAAUACAGUUCCAGAUUUUUCUUACUCUAGCAGUGAAGAUGAGUUCUAUGAUGCUGAUGAAUUCUAUCAGAGCAGUUCUUCCCCAAAGCGAUGCAUUGACUCCUCAGGAUCUGCAGCAGUCCUGACUCGCAGCAGCACAGGAAGUAGUUUGAAACGCCCAGACACCACAGAAUCCCUGAAUUCUUCCAUGUCUAAUGGAACAAAUGAUGCUGAUCUCUUUGAUCCUCAUGAUGAUAGAGAUGAUGAUGGUGAAGGAGAGUCAGUGGAAGAACAUAAGAGUGUUAUUAUGCAUCUUUUAUCACAGGUUAGACUAGGAAUGGAUCUAACAAAGGUGGUUCUCCCAACUUUUAUUCUGGAAAGAAGAUCACUUUUGGAGAUGUAUGCUGACUUUUUUGCACAUCCGGACUUAUUUGUGAGUAUUAAUGACCAAAAGGAUCCAAAAGACCGAAUGGUUCAAGUGGUGAGAUGGUACCUCUCAGCUUUUCAUGCGGGAAGGAAAGGAUCUGUUGCUAAAAAGCCUUACAAUCCGAUUUUGGGCGAGAUCUUCCGGUGUCAUUGGAUAUUACCAAAUGCUGAAAAUGAAGAUAAUACGGAGCCUGUUUCAGAGGGACCAAUACCUUGGGUUACCAAAAACAGUGUAACAUUUGUAGCAGAGCAGGUCUCUCACCACCCUCCAAUUUCAGCAUUUUAUGCCGAGUGUUUUAGCAAGAGAAUACAAUUCAAUGCUCACAUCUGGACCAAGUCAAAAUUCUUGGGGAUGUCGAUUGGUGUUCAUAAUAUAGGGCAAGGUUGUGUGACAUGCCUAGAUUAUGAUGAGCACUAUAUUUUGACUUUCCCCAAUGGUUAUGGAAGAUCUAUUCUCACAGUGCCAUGGAUAGAACUGGGUGGAGAAUGCAGUAUUAGUUGCUCAAAAACAGGCUACAAUGCUAGCAUCAUCUUCCACACAAAACCUUUUUAUGGAGGAAAGAAGCAUAGAGUUACAGCUGAAAUUUUUUCUCCUAAUGACAAGAAAUCCUUCUGCUCAAUUGAAGGUGAAUGGAAUGGUGUCAUGUAUGCAAAAUAUGCAACAGGGGAGAGUGUAGUCUUUAUAGAUACCAAGAAAAUGCCUACAAUUAAGAAGAAGGUAAAGAAACUGGAAGACCAAGAGGAAUAUGAAUCCCGCUGCCUAUGGAAAGAUGUAACCUACAACUUAAAAAUCAGAGACAUUGAUGCAGCCACAGAUGCAAAGCACAGACUGGAAGAAAGACAAAGAGCUGAAGCUAGAGCCAGAAAGGAGAAAGAGACAUCGUGGGAAACAAGGUUAUUCCAUGAAGAUGGAGAAUGUUGGGUUUAUGACGAGCCACUAUUGAAACGACUUGCUGCCACUAAACAUUAAGUGGUUAUAAAAACUUAAAACAUUCAGGUCUUGGCUUAGUGAAUUUUACAACUACAUGAUAAAUUUAUGACUAUCAAGUACUUUAUUUUGGAGAUCCUGUCCCCUCCAGUUACAGUGGUUCCUAUCUCAGGGAUACUGGAUUUAAUAAUGCAGAUGAACAAUUAAAGCAGGAAAUGUCUUAACUGUUUGACAGUAGCUUUGGCCUUUACCAUUCAGAUAGUGUAUUCAGGCUUCAGAGACAUGAUGGCUGAGCCCUCACCCAUGCUUCAGAAGCAUCAAUGAAACCUGGGCCUAAGUUAUGGGAAGCAUACACUUGGUAUAACCACUGUAAAGGACAUAGUUGGUACCAGUUGCAUAAUAUUCUGGGGCUCUACAUAUAUAAAUAUAUAUAUAAAUGCAAGACUUCACUUAAUUAAAUCCAGUUAACAUUUUUGAUGUGUAAAUAUGAGGAUUCCUUUGAUUGGACAGUUUGUUAGAAAUCUACAUAAAUGUUAUUUACCACCUGUAUGAUAAAAAUCAAACCUUUUGGCAUUUGUGUCUCACCCCAAAACUUUUUUAUUUUAGAAAUUAAAAUGUAACCAUAGACUAAAACUGAAAUACUCAGUGCAUCUUAAAGCUUCAUAAAAUAGAUUUUUCAAACUUA